AGGUGAAAGCUGAAGAGGUCCAACUGUCAAGGUCACAGAUCAACCAAACUGCUGCCACACUGACCACUGCUCAUCAGCUGUUCUAAAUAACCAGGAAAAGGUGUUUUGAAGCCGUUGACAUACAGUCAAAGUCUUUUGGAUGUUUUAGUCUUUUCUUGUUUUUUUCCGAUUGUCACCAGGAAAAGGAGCCAUAUGGAGUAAAAGUCAUCGCUGUCUGAGGUGAACACCCAUCCAUGGGAUUGACCAUCUGAAUUCCUCUAAAAAUCUGCUGUUUGGAUCAUACAGAACUACCAAAAGGGUAUAAGAAUGUCAGAGAGGAUUGACAUAUCCCCAAAUGUACCAGACACCGUCUUAAUCAGCUUCUCCCUUCCAUGAAAAUCACUUCAUCCCUCACAAUGUCAUCCAGAAGUGGAGAUCCUCCCAGCAUCCAUACCUCAAUACUCAAUGACUUACUCAACUCCUCCUCUUCCUCCAGCACCACUCCACCUGCAUCUUGCAGCAUAGACGAGUCCUACAAGUACAUCUUCCUCCCCAUCUGUUACUCUUUCACGUUCCUCUUCAGCAUUUCCCUGAACUCUAUCAUCCUCUACCGUUCCUUCCGCCGGACCAAGCGCUGGAAUGCUUCACUGAUCUACAUGGUGAACCUGGCCUCCACAGACUUCAUGUAUGGCCUGUCACUGCCAUUCCUCGUGGCUAGUUACGUCAUGCGUGACCGCUGGGUCUUUGGGGACUUCAUGUGCCGCCUGGUUCGUUUUCUCUUCUACUUUAACCUGUACUGCUCCAUCUUCUUCCUCACUUGUAUAUCUGUCCACAGGUACUUCGGUAUCUGCCACCCAAUGAAAGUCAUCACACUAGAGACCAAGAAAGCUGUCAAGUCCACCUGUGUGGUGGUUUGGGUGGUAGUGUUUGCUUUGACCUGCCCUAUCUUUCGCUUUGCUCAGACUGGUCAUGUGACAAGACUGGGAGGGCUUGGCGGCAAUGCAACUGGUAUUGACACCCCAAGCCACGAAGUGCCACCGAUUCUUGGUAAUGCUAGCCUUGGUAACAUGGGAGGGGUCAUUGAGGAGUACCAGAACUGUUGGGACGACGCCAUAGAUAAGGAGUUUAGUGAUUACGUACCCUAUGGCAUCAUACUCCAUUUGCUGGGAUUUUUUUUGCCGUUUUCCAUAAUUGCUUGGUGUUACUCUCAAGUUGUUCUGACCAUAUUUAGGACUCUGCAUUCUCAGCCCUCGUCCUAUAGAGAUCGGCGAGAGAGAGGAAAUGGAGGAGUCGAGGGAAGCAGCCUUUCAAUAGUUGCGAGAGGAAAAAGAGGAAGCAAUGGACUGCCAAGGACAUUCGGAAGAGAUGAUGGGACUUCCAUUUUCCUUGGUGCCCACUCCCCUUAUGCCAAUCGCAGACGUAAAUCUAUCAAGACCAUCAUCACCAUCACCCUUCUCUUUGCUCUGUGUUUCUUCCCCUUUCAUGUUACCAGAACCAUCUUCCUCCUGCUGAAAGUGACCAAGGGAGUCCCCUGUCACACCAUGACCAUGGUCUCCAUGUGCUACAAGAUCACGAGGCCUUUGGCCUCGUUCAACGCAUGGCUGAACGCCCUCCUUUAUUUCCUGACUAAAGACAAGGGGGGAGGGCACUGUUGCCAGGCAGUCAACACCAACACUCAUCAUCAUGGUGGACUUCUAUUGCCCCUGAGGACGAUGGGAAAAGGAGAGCAUGCAGAGGAGGGAGGGCUGGAAGACAGAAUUGACAAUAAGGAGAAUAAAGAAUUUCACAACAGUCCAUCAUACAUAAACAGAGCGAAAAUCAGAUAUAUACUUGAGUGAGUGUUUUCAUGGGGGAUUAAAUAAUUAAUUACAAUUUCAAGCACUGUAUGAUUUUUCUAGAUAUAAUAAUAUAUAUAUAUAUAUACAUACUGUAAUAUAUAUAAUAUACAUUAUAAGAAGACCCAAGCAAGAAUUUGAAUACGGCUUUUAUGUUUAAUUAUAUGCUGAGCUGCUUCAAGUUUGAAAGUUAGCCAGUGGGUAAAUGCAGUAUGUAGGCCAAAGUGAGUCUCCACUAUGGUGUUAGAAUCUCAUCUGUGUUUCAGAUACUAUAUUGUUUCUACCAUGUCUGAAUGGCUACAAGAGGGAGACAAGAAGCCAAUAUUAGUCAAAUGGGAAUAUGGGUGCACACGUAAGGUCUCACCAGCAUGGAAAUACUUGUGUUGUAUACAGUACACAGCAAUUGACAGAAUCGUUUGCAGAGGAUAAAAAAGGAGAGACACAUUUGGUUUGCACGUUUUAGGGAAGUUACAAAUAUGCUUGUGGUCAAAAGUUGUUUGGUUUCAGAUGCUGUCAUGGCAAUGUGUUGGGCAAGCUUUGCUGUUGUUGUGGUGCGACAUUCCAUGUGUAAGUGUUUUGUGAGUAUUCUGUUGACAAUAUGUUGGGGCAGUCGCCCUUUAACCCUCCCCUUCAUUUAGGGAACCUUUGAGAUUGUCAAAUAAAAUGUAAUGUAAUCUACUGUAGGAGAUUUACUCUACACUGAUACUAAUUAUGUAUGAGAAAAGCAACUCACUUUACACAUAAUUCAAAGUAACGCUUGCUAUUUCAGUGAACCUGUAACUGGUAUCUUAAGACAAAGAUAUUUUUGCGCACAACUGAGUGCAACAGCCUAAUUUCCCUUAAAAUAGAGACUGCCUGAUUUACAAUUUGCUUUCAUGAAUGAAAUUAUUGAUUUGAGAUUAAUUCAUUCAACUCUUCCAGACUUAACUGUUUGUAUGAUUUUCUCUUGACCAGACCUUUCCAGAUAUCUGUGGAAAGCCUUUAAGUUAUUCAAACACUGCUGCUAAAUUCCAUCUUUACAUUCGAUACCAUUCCGCAAACCUAGCUGCGUCUCAGAUCUUAUAUAACCCGUCUUCUUUGUGUUGUCUGGGUGAUUUCUCAUGCAUUCAGAGCCUCCAUACCUUUAAAAAAAGUCUUCCUACAUUAAAGUAGCUUUUUUUCUCUAUAUAACGCCAGACUUUAACCCACAGCAUCCUAUUUGGCUAAUUUAUGACAUGAAUGUUACCCUCACCCUGUGCUAAUUUGUUUUAUUUUUGUCUUUACUAUUUUAAAGCUUUUUGAGGUUAUAACUGUAUCACUAUCUUAUUCUACAGGCACGUAUAUUAUCUUAAUUAACUACAGUGUUAGAACCUUUUCUAAUACUGUUUUUCUGUAAAUGUGAUGCAUUUUUGUGUGAUAAUGCUUAUAAAUAAAUCUAGACCUGACUUUAACUGAAGUGUUGUAGGGAUUGACAGUUUACUUGUUAGAGGCACUAGAUGAAAUAAAGCACUAGAUGACCCAGAUACCUACAGUAUAGCACGGUUUGAUAUUAAAUUCUUACCUCUUGCAUUUAAAUGAAACAGUUAGCUCGAUAUGCCUAUACAGUAAGAGAUACACUUGCUUUACCAAUUAAAUCAUAUCAAAGAGCAAGUCUUAUAAUUAAGUAUGCAUGCAUUGCAAUGCAUUAAUGAAGGUAUCUGUAAAUCAUUGAGUUCUGAAAAAUUAUAAUUAUAAUAAUACUGAGUUUUUGUGUGCUUGAAUAUAUAAAUCUGAUUGUGCAUUGUGUCUUUAUUAUCCAAACACACUUUCUUUGGCUUAUAUGUCAUAAUAUUCAUUUUGGAUCCAACUCCCAUUUACCAUUAUUCAUUUAGCACUCAUGCUUCUGGGGCCCUCUGCUGGUAAAUGAGGGUCCUUUCACGGGUUACUUUAAAAGAAUUUACUGAUGUAACAAAACACUGUGCAAAACACUCAACAACGAAUCUCAUUAACGUGGAAAUGCUAAUUAUUUCCCUGUAGAUUGUGACUUUUGGAAUCCAAAACUGCAUGGGUUUGUUCUGUUUUUAUAGGCCUGUGACACAUGCCUUUUCUUGAAAUAAAUUUAAGGUUGAAAACGUU